AUGGUAAAUCCAAAUACAAAAUUUAACAAACAGUAUUCCAGCGAAUCAAAUCUAAGUACUGUAAGUGAAGACGAAAUCAACUUUAAGGAUAACCGUCAGGAAGCUACUUUGUCCAGUGCAGAUAAUUGGAGUCCAACAAGUUUGUCAAAUAGCCCACCUAAGAAUUUGUCAAAUAGCUCACUAAAAAAUGUUAUAACUACUCCAUCGGAACAAUCAGAGAAUUCUAUUGUUGAUGAAAUGCCCAAACAAAAAUUGCCGCAGGAAAGACUACCACGUCAAAUACUAGAGUAUCAUGAAGAAUUAGAAGAUGACGAAUUUGAUAAUCUUGAUGAUGAUGAACAACUUUUUGGGCCAAAUUUUGACGAUUCAAUGGUGCACUUGCAAAACAAUAUUUUCUGCAAAAGAAAGGUCUUACGAUACGCCUUAUCAAGUUCGUCGUAAGCGACCCAUAUUGCGCGCAAACUUCUUGAUGGAGUUUUUAAAAAAGAAGCCCUUCUUAAAUGCACCCUCACUGGUCAACUGGGCCGUGCGCAAAUGAAGUGUCGACAGAAAGUAGUUGAACCUAUGCAUCGACAAGCAAAAAAUGCUAUUAUACAAUACUCAAAAAAAAUUGCUGAAAAAAAGCAUUGGACGGUGAAUUCAACGGAUAAUAUAAAGAAGUCGAUGACUCAGAAAUUAGUCGAGAUAAAAU